AUGGGCUCAAUCCCAAUUCCACAUUACGAUGUUCUCAUUGUCGGAGCUGGGUUUUCCGGAGUGUACAUGCUGUAUCAACUCCGGAAAAUGGGGAUGAAUUGCAAAGUCUAUGAAGCCGAAGCCGCUCUCGGAGGAAUUUGGUAUUGGAAUGCAUAUCCAGGAAUCCGAGUGGACUCCGAAGUUCCAGUAUAUGAGUACUCGGAGCCGGAAGUGUGGAAAGAUUGGACAUGGACAGAGAAAUAUCCGGCAGGCGAGGAAAUUCUGAAAUAUUUCGACCACGUUGAUAAGGUGUGGGAUAUUAAAAGGGAUGUUGAGUUCAACAUGAGGGUGAUAGGGGCCCAAUUUGAUAUGACGGAGAAGGUGUGGAAAAUCGAAACGGAUGACGGCCGAACAACAACAUGCCAAUUCUUUAUUCCAGCGACGGGAUUUGCUGCGAAACGCUAUGUCCCUCCUUUCAAGGGGAUUGAGACUUUCAAAGGAAAGGUCUAUCAUUCCUCCUGCUGGCCUCAUGAGGGAGUGCAAACCAAGGGGAAGCGUGUGGGUAUUAUAGGGACGGGGGCCACAGGAGUACAGAUUGCUCAGGAGUGUGCAAAGGACGCAGCCAGUCUGCUUGUGUUCCAGAGGACUCCAAACCUUGCUCUACCUAUGCGCCAGGGAAAACUGACGCCUGAAGAGCAAGAAAGUCGAAAGCCAACGUAUCCUGAAUUUUACCGAAACCGGCUUCAGACAUUUGGCGGUAUGAGGUACACCUUUUUGGAAAAGCACACGGCAGAUGCGACUCCGAAAGAGCGCGAGGCAUUCUUCGAGCAGUUAUGGACAAAUGGCGGCUUUCAAUUCUGGCUGGGCGGGUAUGGUGACAUGCUCUUCGGACUCGAGGCAAACCGCCAUGCUUAUGACUUUUGGGCCAAAAAGACCCGCGAGAGAAUCAAGGACCCCAGGAAACGAGAUAUUCUUGCGCCGUUGGAACCCAUCCAUCCGUUUGGGACAAAGAGACCAUCACUAGAGCAAAACUACUAUGAGAUCUUCAAUCAGCCAAACGUAGAUGUGGUCGACUUGAGGAAGCACACCAUCGAGGAGAUCAGGCCCGAUGGGAUCCUCAUCAGUGACGGGUCGUUUUAUCCUCUCGACAUUAUCGCGCUUGCAACGGGAUAUGAUAGCAUCACAGGAAGCAUGGUGUCCCUGGGCCUGCGUGAUGUUCAUGGUAGGCCUCUGGAGGAAAAGUGGAAAGAUGGCGUCCUCACAUAUCUUGGAAUGUGUCACCAUGGCUACCCGAACAUGUUCUUUCUUUACGGAGCACAUGGGCCGACAGCAUUCUCCAACGGACCUUCAUGCAUAGAAAUCCAGGCCCAUUGGAUUGUCAGCAUGAUUAGAAAAGUGCGGGAGGAGGGGUUGAAAUAUAUUGAACCAAAGGCUGAGGCGGAGGUGGAGUGGAAAAAUAAAAUCAACACAAUAUCAAACAAGAGCGUUCUGCCCCUGGCGGACUCUUGGUAUAUGGGUGCGAAUAUCCCGGGCAAGAAGCGUGAGCAGCUCAACUGGGCGGGAGGUUUGCCAGCAUAUCAAGCUGAGUGCAUGCCUGCGCUGAAAUCCUGGGAAAGCUUUGUCGUUGCGUGA